UUGGCGGUUCUUCGAAACAGUUAAGAUUUCUGAGGUUAGUUGACAAGACACUAGUUAAUUUAUAUAUAAAGUCUGAUUAUUGAAGUCAUGACUGAUGAAGAAAGCAAUGUUAAUCUAUCGACAGAAGAUGAACAUAAUGAUAAAAAGGAAUCUUCCACUCAUAUCGCAAAUAUUACUCAAAUAACUUGUCAACAGGAUUUAACACCUCUUUUUGAGAAAAGUGAUCACAGUAUCAAUAAGAUUCACUUAUCAGAGGUUCCACAAAUUUGUCAGGAAGAACCAUGUCAACUGGGAGUAGAUGAAGCUGGUCGAGGACCUGUUCUUGGUCCUAUGGUAUAUGGGAUUGCAUAUGCUCCAUUAUCUAAAAAGGAAUUAUUAAUAGAUCUAGGUUGCGCUGAUUCGAAAAGUCUAACAGAGGAACAAAGAGAUGCAAUUUUUGAUAAGAUCUGUAAUGAAUCUGACAAAAUGGGUUGGGCUGUUGAAGCAAUCUCUCCUAAUGUUAUUGCUAAUAGCAUGUAUCGUCGUUGUAAGACAUCUUUAAAUGAAGUUUCCAUGAACUCUGCAAUCGGACUGAUUCAUAAAGCCAUAGAGGCAGGUGUAAACAUAGCUGAAGUAUAUGUCGACACUGUGGGAAAGCCAGAAAAAUAUCAAGCAAAACUGCAGGAAAUAUUCCCUGAAUUCAAAAUAGUUGUUGCUAAGAAAGCUGACUCAACAUAUCCUAUUGUUAGUGCUGCUAGUAUCUGUGCAAAAGUGUCUCGAGAUCAUGCAUUACGUGCCUGGCAAUUUCGAGAAGGUUCCAAUGAGAACCAGUUUGGUAGUGGAUACCCAAAUGAUCCAGUUACCAAGAAAUGGUUAACAAGCAAUGUGGACCAAGUUUUUGGAUUCCCACAUAUAGUACGAUUCAGUUGGUCAACUGCAGAAAAAAUUCUGGAGUCUAGUGCCCUGGCUGUUGAAUGGGAAGAUUUAGAGGAAGAACAAUUGCCUACCGAGCAAAAAAUCUCCAAAUAUUUUGCAAAAGUUGAUACACGUACAAAAGCUCCAAAACUAACAAAGCACUCAUUUUUCACAGAGCGUCAUCUUUCGAGCACCAAUGAUUUAUGAUAAUAAAAAAAAAAGCAGAAAAGGAAUAUCAGCCUAACUUGCAACAUACCUCCAUUAUACUGGACAAUCUAUUUUUUAUUCGUCUUAUAGGAAUAUCUGAUGUCAAAAACGAAAAGGAGCAAGUAAUUUUAUAAUAAAUCAGUAUGCCGAUAUAA